GUUCUUGUUCUCGCAUUCUAAACGGACUCCGGAGAUUUACUAAUGGGCCGACAAAUUUACCAUGAUUAUGAUUGCAAAAUGAUAAAUUAUACUUUGUCGAUACGAAUCGCAGCUAGAACCCUGUUUGGCUACUCGGACGGCUGUCUACCCGAGACCCCGAUGAGACCGCAGAUACCAUUCGCCAUAGGGCAGCUUGCUUUCGGUCCAAAGCAUCAGGUCGAGUCGGUCGGAUGCUGCGGGGAGAUCUAGAAAUCUGGCACCGGCAAGGUUAGUUCCUUGGUGAGAGGGGUAAACAUAUGCAUCCGCGGUUGAUAUGCAAUACAGGGUCGCAGCCUUGCAUCAUUUUGCUCAUAAAGACCAGAUGACAGUCGCACCACGCGCAGCCUGAUCUUUCCGGACUACAUUACUUUCUCUUUUGGCUGUAUUCUCCUGAGCUUUCUGUUGCAAAACUUGACUACUUUCAGAUUAUUGGUGCAUAGCUGUUGCGAAAUUAAGACAACAAUGACGGACGAAAUCAGGCCCUUCAAGAUAAAAAUAUCGGACGAGGAGCUGGACAACCUCAACAAGAGGCUCGACCUGGCCCGUAUCCCCGACAACAUAGACGACGUAGAAUGGGACGAGGAAAACGGCGUGACGGUGGACUUCAUCCGCCGCACCGUCUCGCACUGGCGCAAUGGGUACUCGUGGCGGGAACACGAGGCCAAGCUCAACGAGAUGCCGCAGUUCAAGACCACCAUCAAGCUCUCCGCCACCAACAAGGCCGGGCAGACCUUUGACCCGGUCGAGGUGCACUUUGCGCACGUCAAGGCCACCCAGAAGCCCGCCAGCGGCGGCCCCGCCAUCCCGCUCAUCUUCAUCCACGGCUGGCCCGGCAACUUUGCCGAGGUGCAAAAGGCGCUGCCGGCCCUGAACGCGGCCGGGUUCGAUGUUGUGGCCCCGAGCCUCAUGGGCUACGGCUGGAGCAGCCUGCCCAGGCAGGCCGGGUUCAACAUGUUUCACCACGCCGACGUCUUUCAUCACCUGAUGGUGAGGCUGGGUUAUGACCGCUACGUGGUGCAGGGAGGGGACUGGGGUGCCAUCGUGUCGAGGGCUCUCUUGAUGCAGCAUCCUGAGCAUGCCGUUGCUUUGCACGUGAACAUGCCCUAUGUAACCUCUUCUGAACUGUCGCCUGAAGAAUCGGCAAAUCUCACCGAGGCCGAGCUGGCAGCGGUCGAGCGCUUUCAAUGGUACAAAGACUACGAGCAGGCAUACACAGCUGUACAAGCUACCAAACCGCGCACCUUUGGGUUUGCUCUGCACGAUUCUCCUGUAGCCAUGCUUUCCUGGAUGGCGGACAAGAUGAACCUCUGGUCGGAUCUGGAAAACCUCCCCGGCGGCGGCUACACGACCGACGAAUACAUUACCUGGACGCUGCUGCAUUACUUCCCCGGUCCGACGACCGCCAUACAGAUGUACCGCGCAAACUUUGGCGAACAAAUGAAGCAACACGUUGCCGAACCUGCCGCCAAACUAUUGGCUAGGAACCGCGUUGACAACCCCGUCGGCGUGUCCCAUUUCCCAAAAGAGAUUGCCGUCUCGCCAAGGGUCUUGUUCGAGAAGGAAAACAACGUCGUUUUCUGGCGCGAGCAACAGAAGGGUGGCCACUUCGCGGCGCACGAGCAGCCCGAGGUGUUCGCCAAGGAUGUUAUUGAGUUUUUGACUGGACAGUGGAAGUCAUUCCAAGCCAAUCUCUGAUUUGGUACCUGAAGUGUGUAGGGGAGUUUUCCUCGCCACUGGUCCUUUGUUUGUUGUGAUCUCGAGUCCCCGAGUCCAAGACAAUCAGCAUUGGAUUUUUUUAAAAUUCUGUCACAUGUAGGCGUAGACGAUAGCGCCGCUUUAGUAAAAGCCCAAGCCUCCUUGUUACGCAAUUAUCAUUGCUUCCCUUUCGCACCCGCAUACCGUCAGCCCCGCAGGGCUAGCAAAGGCCCUGUUCUAUUUUGAG